GUGACUCGCACCAACAAGGGCAACGACCGCAACCACAGUGCCUUGGCUGAUGGCACAGCUCUUCCUGAAGACCGCCUUCCACGCUACUUCGCCAAACAUGGUCACGUUGAUGCUGAUCCAAAGGGUGUCAAGAAGCAAGGAGGCGGCAAAGGCAACUGGGGCCGUGAUGGCGAAGAAGCCCAAGACUAUGGCUACUCCUUCAACAAUCAACGCCGUCGCUCCAACAGUUCCACUCAAGUCCUAGGUGACUUUAAGACCAAGUUCGAAGCCAUGGAUGCCGACCCGGUCUUCGAGGAGAGCCUUCAUGGUCCCACCGACGAUGACAUGGAGGAAGCAAGUAAUCUCUCCAAGGAAGAAUCCACAGACAGCAGCACUUUGGGAGGCAGUAUUGAUGAUGAUGACAAGAAAUUGUAA